UUCCACCAGAUGGUGUUGGGGAAGUAGGUUUCCUCCAAGGUUACCACUCUAAAAGAAGUUGUUCCUAGCCAUGUCACGACAACCAACAGUUUUAUCUACUACAGAUCCCCAUACUCAUGCACUACAGUCGGUUACUGGAUAUACAGUGUGCAGCAACCAGGAUGUAUUCAGGGACUGACUGAGAGCACCGUAAGACCAACGUGGGGGAAAAAGGGCUGAAGAUGGCUGGCUUCCUAGAUAACGUACGCCUCCCAGAGUGUGAGUGCAUUGACUGGGGGGAGAGACGGAAUGCAGUGGCAUCCAUCGUAGCUGGUGUUUUGUUCUUCACUGGCUGGUGGAUCAUGAUAGAUGCAGCGGUCACCUACCCAACCCAGGUGGAGAUGAAUCAUGCCUUCCACACAUGUGGCGUCUUCUCCACUCUAGCCUUCUUCAUGAUCAAUGCUGUGUCUAACGGCCAGGUACGAGGUGACACUUAUGGAGAGGGCUGCUUCGGCCGGACAGGAGCUCGUCUAUGGCUGUUUAUCGGUUUCAUGAUGAUGUUCGGUUCCCUCAUCGCCUCCAUCUGGAUACUAUUUGGAGGAUUCGUGGUACCUAAGAAAGAUGUGUAUCCAGGACUGGCAGUGUUCUUCCAGAAUGCUUUGAUAUUUUUCAGCACGCUGAUCUACAAGUUUGGACGAACCGAGGAUCUGUGGGCUUAGACAAAUGCACGCAGACACACACACUGUUGCAACCCUUGGUUUUACCAGUCAAGGCCAAAACAUUAGCUUGGAUCUGUUUAGCCAUUUUCACAUAUGAUAAUUUUACUUUGUUUUCUCUCUCUCUCUCUGACUCACUCACACACACUCUUCCUGAAAUAAUUUCCUUUGAACAUAUUUAUUAUGUGACUAUUUACCACUGUUCUGUUGUGUCUGAAGGUGUUUGUAAUAGUCUGACAGUAGAAAAUGAGUGUUGACAUCAGCCUCUCGCACACACCUUGUGUUAUGUGUUUCAACAGCACUGCAGAGUUGUAACAUAGCAUGGUAUGGUUAGGGCAAAAAUCACUCUGAGAAAUAUAAUCUUAAUGUUGUUUGAUUGUCCUCGUCCACCCAUUUUCCAGAGCACAUCUUGUGUAUUGUUGGUUAUCCCUCUGUAAUUUCUCAUCUCCCCACAAUAAUGUAUUUAUGUAAAUGUGUUGCGUAAGACUUAAAUGACAAGAGCACAAGCCAACACAGAGAGAACUAAUCUUCUUAAAGUUGUCGGUGGCCUGUAGUCCCAUGCACUGCAUUCUUGUAUACAUUUUAAGCGGUGUUUAUCCGAAAUCCCUUUGCUGUAUAUUUUAAACAAAUCAUUUCUGUAAAAUGUCUUUUCAUACCACGACCAGUUCUCCUGUUUUGAACGGAGUAGCCGUCGUUCCGUCUCAGGAUUUGUCGUUUUUAAACAGUCUUGUCUUAUAGAGCAUUGAAACCCUAACCCCCCCACCUGGGUCUGAACACCUCCUUGUCAUCCACAUGGACAUGGGUGCACUAGCUUAGGUCCAGUAAGGAGCUGCAUCUGGAUCUCAUACUAUUGUGGCAACUACUGUAUUACUGUAGAUCUACUAGAAGCUUCAAGUACUGCUGCGCUUACAAUGCUAUAGCUGUCUGUCCUGUAUCUUAAAGCAUGCUUUAGGUCAGGGCUGCUGAGUCCUGUUCCUGGAGAGCUGCCACCCUCUAGGUUUUCUAAUAAGAUUCUAAUAAUGAGCUAAAUGAAAAGCAGGGGGGGUAUGUGUAUGAGUGACAGGCUCCCUCUAGGCAACAUGGGUAGUGUCCACUUCCUAGUUAGCAUUCAAGCCAGCGGACGAAGGCAAGGGCCAAAGCACAGAAGGAUCGACUGUCGGUUUGGUUUUGUAGGGGUGCUUCUGACUACCCCUGACAAUGUGUGUGAUAACCGUUCUAUUUAGGACUUGCGUUAAGAGCCGUGUGCCCGUGUCUGACGGUGCACAAACUAUUCAAGCUACUGUCUUUUUUUUUAUAUAUAUAUAUUUUUGGUUUGUUUAAAGGGCGCGCAUUUAAAAAUGCACAGGGUUGAGCUGGAGGUGGACGUUGCAGUCGUCAAACUAACUCAGGAGCUGGGAAGUAGCUAGGACCCUCAAUUCUACUUAGGCCAUGAAGUCUUAAAGUAGCAGCAUUGACAGAUGCAGCGUGGUUGGUUCUAUACUUCCAAGAAAGUUAAACACAUGACUUGACUUGAAUUUAUUAUGUGGCCUGCUAAACAUCCAGUAUUCAUGUCAACAUUAAGCUGAGUCUGUAGUUCAAAGUGAAUGAACUAUGACUGGUGAAUGAGCAGCCAUUGUGAAGUGUUAUAGACAUUAUGUGCACAUUGGUGUUAUGUCUAUGGAAUAUGUCAUUGGCCAGUGUUUUGUAGUAGUUCUCUGACCUUGAUCAUUUACUUAACGUUACCUAUACUUCUGAAUGACGGCUGUGGAAUAAGUGGUCAUGUAAACUGCUUUAAUAAACAUUUUAGAUUAAA